ACGGCGCGCCACUCCCGCGCCUUUCUUCUCGCGUGCCCCGGGCCCCGCUCUCGUGUACCUCUAUAUACACACAGUAGACACGUCCAUGCAAAGCUGCAGCUCGCUCGGCAUUCGGGCAUUUAUCGGUUCUCCUCGCGCGACUCGGUAGAGAGAGAGCGUCGAGAGCCGAGGUUCGCUCGGAGAAUCGAGAUCGUCGAGCGCUCAGUCAGCGUCGCGCGGCGGACAACUUCGCAGCUGCUGCCUCACACGACAGUCGCGACGCCUUCGAUCGAGAGAGAGAGAAAUCGUCGGUGUUUCCAUGAGCGCGUCUCGUGCAUUACCUGCUAUAUGUUAUAAGCAUUGUUAGUGAGCAGUGUUGACGCGGCGUAAUCCGUGGAGUUGCUGCCGCUCUGCAGCUGUGAAUCGUGUUGUGUACACAUAUAUACAAGUGCGUUUAGUGUGUUCCGUUACAGUGCGGCUUUCCUUUACUGCUGCCGCUGCUGCUCCGGAGUUGCAGCUCCCGAAUACGCAAAGCAUAGAAAUAUACCUUGGCAGUAGAAGAAGUAAGGUGGCUCGUGCAGCUGUCGACGGCUUGCGGCUAAUACAACGAACGCCACUUGUGCAUACUAUACACUACUGGCGCUGUAAUUGCGUCGCGUUUGCCUGCUGCUCCGCAGACUGCGCAUAGCCCUAUAAGUUUUCCUGAGUGCAUCUGCCAAAUCGUAUAGAAUACAUAAUUCAUCACAUGUCACGAAGUUAUCGAUAUCGACAUAAAUUACUACACAGUGCCUAGAUCUCGAGUGAUAUAGCAGUGGAAUUUGUGAAUAAUAAAAAAUGUGUAUAAGGAAAAAUUGAAUUGAUCGUGACGUUUUUCGAGAAACGAUCAAGAAAAGCUAAUAAAAAUAAGGGCGUUAAGGUACAAACUAUCAGUGCGCAAGUGAAAUGCGAAACGGUAGCCAGUUUCAACAACAAGCAGCUGUAGUGAUGGCGCCGACUAACUUGAACGGUUCGCCCCAGUUUGCUGGCCCUUAUGUUGGCUACCCACAGUCGCGUCACUCUUGGGGCCCUCAAUAUCCAGUGAAUCACAGGCCAAAUUCAGGUAGCGGCCAGGUAAGCGCUCGGCCGUUAUCGCACCCUCCUCCGCCACCGCCUUCGAGGCGCGAAAUUCAGCGAGCUGCGGCUAUACACCAGCAACAGCAGCAACAUCAAAAAAACAGCAAAGAUCGGACGAACCUGUUGCAACCUUCUAUGCGUUCUAGGUCAGCUGCGCCAUCGAAGGUAGAUCCCGAGCUUAUAUUUACAAAACAGGAACGAAUUGGCAAAGGAAGCUUUGGGGAGGUAUUUAAAGGUAUUGAUAACCGAACGCAGCAAGUUGUCGCAAUCAAAAUCAUCGAUCUUGAAGAAGCCGAAGAUGAAAUCGAAGACAUCCAACAAGAAAUUAUGGUUCUGUCACAAUGUGACAGUCCCUUCGUCACCAAAUAUUUUGGAUCUUAUCUUAAGGGAACAAAACUAUGGAUUAUUAUGGAGUAUUUGGGCGGAGGCUCAGCCUUGGACUUGAUGAGAGCUGGAAGCUUUGAGGAAAUGCACAUCGCCGUCAUUUUAAGAGAAGUCCUCAAAGGUCUCGAUUAUUUACACAGCGAACGAAAGCUACAUCGAGACAUUAAAGCGGCAAAUGUUCUGCUGAGCGAGAUGGGCGACGUGAAACUUGCGGAUUUCGGCGUCGCAGGACAACUGACAAACACGACGAGCAAGCGUGACACAUUCGUCGGUACACCGUUCUGGAUGGCGCCGGAAGUUAUCAAACAAUCCGCCUACGACUCCAAGGCGGAUAUUUGGUCGCUUGGAAUCACAGCCAUCGAACUGGCAAAAGGUGAGCCGCCAAACAGCGAAUUGCAUCCUAUGAGGGUUCUCUUCCUUAUUCCGAAGAACAAUCCACCUCAACUAACAGGCAAUUACACUAAACAGUUCAAGGAAUUUGUAGAAGCCUGUCUCAAUAAAGAUCCCGAAAAUAGACCGACUGCGAAAGAAUUGCUGAAGUUCCAGUUUAUCAGAAAAGCCAAAAAAAACUCAUAUCUAAUUGACUUGAUUGACAGAUAUAAAAAAUGGAAGUCUCAGAGAAACGAAGAGUCCGAGACAGAAAGUGAGAAUUCAGAUUCAGAGGAGUCUAGACAAGACAGCGAUAUGGACGAGCCAUGGAUAAUGACGGUAAAGGGUCCACAUGGAGUCAAAGGAUCUUCGAUCGUUUCCAUGAUGUCCCGCGAGGAACAGCAACCUUCACAGCAGUCGGCACCACUCAACUCUAGCCAUACUACAAACCAUAGGCCUCAAGACAAUCAGCAACAAAUACUUCAACAACAACAAUUGCAACAACAGCAGCAACCAUCUAAGCCUCAUUCAAAUGGAAAAAGGAUUAUUGUUUUGAAAGAAAACUCAAAUCCCAGACCAGCUAAAAGUGAUUCGAGGGAAACUUCGCGUAAUGCACAAAAUAAACACACACCUUCUCGAUCACAUGACGGAUCACCAAAACCGACAUCUGCUGUUGAAACAAGAGAAACUCGAGAAUAUCACGAUUCUGGAAGAGAAUACAAAAGGAGAACCGAUCCAGGAAGUGCAAGAGAGCAUCGCCGAAGUACGGGUCACGAAAACGAGGAGAGAGAACAACGAGAUCGGAAAACCAAAUCUGAAAUACUGAUAGGACACGACCAUAGCUCGUCCUCGGAUGAAAAAUCACAGCGACCAAGAAGCUCACAGGACCAAAAACAUUCGCCAAGUAUUGUUCUAAAUGGUGUCAUUUUCCCGCUUCUGUCUGAUAUGCAACGUAAAUAUCAAUACGCUGCCAGAGACAAUGGCGAAAGUGGCAAUGUCAGUCGACACAAUGCGGCGCUGGAUGAACUCAGAGGUGCCUUCGAAAUUGCCGAGCGAACUUCACCAGGAAUGAGCGAAAAUCUUGUAAAAGAAAUUCUUAAAUCGCUUCUUCCGACUAAUCACUCUGAUGCUCGAUUAUCUAUGAUUAUGGAAAAAGUUAUUUCAAAGUAA